AUGGGCUGCGCACCUAGCGGAUCAUCGUGCAAGAAGGGCGGCAUACGAUUAAUGGCGACGAAGCUUGCUUUCACCAAGGGUCAACUGCACAACCUCGACACAUAUUUCCGGAAACUGGUCGACGAGUCUCAGAACGAUUCCUCGAACGCCUUCGCGAUCGAAGCCACCGUGGAGAGAUUGGUUCAACGUUUAAUGGUGGGCGCUGGUAAUCUCGAUCGAAGAUUCUCCUCCAUGUUUCUCGUUUCGUUGAACGAACCUCGUGGAAUACAGGAAUUUAGGUUCGAAUACCUGUUACGAAUAGACGCGCUGUCGACUCCGAGUCUUGGCCUGGGAAUCUCGAGGGUGAGCGUGGAGGAAGACGCCUCUCUACCAGGCUUUAUUCGCCUGAAGAUGCUCGGCAUCGGAGCGGAAGCCUGGCGGGAGUACAUGGAUGCUGCGGGGAGAUUGAGGAGGGAUCUCGUGAAAGCCAAAUUAGCAAAUUUGUUGGCCGCAGCUAUUAAACGAGAUGUUACCGGUGGUACAGCGGACGAUAAACUUUGCGUCUCUCCUGGCCAAGUAGUGGAUGCUGAAGUUCUCGACAAGAUAUUCAAGCAACCGGACUACUGUCGGAUAUUCUACGGGCCAGGUACCGCCUCGGAUGGACCAUUAUCGGAACGGAGGAAUCAUCGAGUGGCCAUGAUCGAAGACGCUGCUGGGAUACUGCUCAGAAUCGGACUGGAUGGAUUUAAAGCUCGCGAAGUUGAGGUCAGGCUAUUAAUCGGUAUCGGAGUGUCGUCGUGGCCCAGUUUGGCGGAUUAUCCACAACGAAUACCUCUCGGUAUGUACGCGGUGGCCGUUGGUCCGUAUUCCGGAGCACGCUGCGAAAACCGAGCAACUCUCUGGAGGGUACGUGUUCCAGCAGCGGAGAAAAUUAUGAGUCAACACUAUGCCGUCGACAGUGUACCCUCUCUCACGGAAUCCGUGCUUCUCGAAAUUUUGUACGAGCUUCGCGAUGGACGUUGCCCAAACCUGCCGAUGCUCAAAUCGAAGGUAUAUGUAAAAGGUGGUGCUCCAGUACAGGAUCGCUUACGAGUAGUCUCGAGGAGUAUCCUGAAGACCGUGCACCGAUGGGCCCUGGAAAGGGCGGGACCGGAUCCUCUGACGAGUUGGGCGCCCGAUACCCUAUCCCGUCAUGUUCUAUUAGCUCUGGACGAGUUAGUCGCCGCUCUGAAAUGCCAGAACCUGAGGUGUUACUUUCAUCCACGGUGCAACGUGAUGCUACAAUGCGCGCGAGGCGGAAUAGUGCAUCGCGAGGAUUCUUACGUCUCCGAUUGUCGAUUGGUGGAGUCUUACUUGGAAACGCUCCAUUAUAGUUCCUCAUGCAUGACACGGCCCGUGCCCAGACCUCUAGACGUAAUGGAGAGCGAGCUCAUUGUCAGAUGGCGGGACAUCAUGGCCUCGUUGCCUAGAGGAACGUCUAACGAGGAUUAUGGAUAUAGCCAGAGACAACUGGAAUAUUUUAGUCUGAUCCUGGAGCAAGUUCUCCGGGCAAAAUACGUCUCGUUACAGGACCACUCGGACGCCGGAUCUUACCUGAAUUUCCCGGAAUUAUCGUACCGUACGACGGAACAGGUGGAGAACCUGGUAUUUCUGUUGAAGCUAGUUCUAAUACAAGCCAGGGACCAGAUCCACGCAAUGGCGAAUCGAAAAAUUCGAGUGUACGAUCAUCUGAAGGAGUCGAAGAAGAAAAGACACUACAACACGUCCAGUCAAUUCGAUUAUUCAGUGGGACUUUUGAUAGACGUCGUCAGGAGAGACAGAGAAACCGCCAAUGUGGACUUGGAAUCUUUCCCAAUAAUGACUAAGAUGCUCUUACAGUGGCUAUACUUCGGCAUGGACUACGACAGAAGAAUCCUAGAGCCCAUCCUGCGACCAUAUCUGAACAACCUUUUCAACAGUCUCCACGAGUACGGUUGGUGUUCGACACCUUGGAAGAAGAAACAGGAGCUUUACACUUCUGAAAUGCAGUCUCUGACGAUGUUCUGCAAAUCUGUGAUAACUCAGGAAGAGUCACCUGCUAAUGGAAUCGUGGAAUACUUGUCGAAGGGUUGGUGUUGGGCGGAGAGUAUGACGAAGAUGAUCGAAAGGUCUGGCAACUCUUUGAGGCUGGUGUUUCUUCCCGGAGACAAAGUGAUUAAAUACAAUUUAACUUUCACCGAGAACAAGGGACUCAGCUCGUUCUCCACGUGGAGCAAGGCCAGAAGCGUGAGCAUGAUCGCGAGGAGAAAGAGGAUGAACUCGAGGGCUGGUGAACUGCUAGACACAAUGCUAGAAUUGCGGCGUAGGUCAAAGGAAACUAAAGGCGUUGCAGGACACAGGGAACUGAGGGAUGUCAGCCCUUUGACGUAUGUCACGUCGAUGAGCAGAUCGCGAGCCAGACAUCGUGGCCCCGCCGAUUUGAUCUCCGCCAUGCUAUCCCUCGGCAAGUUCAGGGUUCUACAAGAAGUUGCGGCUAUUUUACCGCGAGACGAGCAAGUAGUUAUGUUGGAUAUGGUGCAACGGGUAGCUAGAGAAUCGUCUCGUCGCUGUAGGAAAGCCAUCUGCGUAGACUCGCCGAAUUCACCGAGAGAAAUCUACAGGCCGAGACCAGAGUCAGAACUCCUGGAUUCAUCCCCGAGAUUAUCACCUGGAGUUCGCGAGAGACGCAUCAUCGCGGAACAUCAGAAGCAGCUUGAAAGGGAAAUGCAGGAAAUGCACGAUACUCUGCGAAGAAAUGCAUUGAUGAGGCAACGUCCUUGUAUCUGGGAUUCACACUCUGUCUCUUCCUGGAGUUCCUCCAUCGACUCCAUAGCUGGAACGAUCACUCUUAGGAAAUAUCGUACACCCAUAUGGGAAGCCAUUAAAGGAAGUUCCCCGGCUCGGGCCAGCCUGCGCGUGGAUCGUAAUAUCGAGAAAAAUAAAUUCGACGAGAUGAUCAGCCGGGAGGAGUCACCGACGUGGAGCACGCUGGACGCCAGGCGGAAGUUGGACGACUCCGAGUCGAAGAAUGGAGACGGAUUGCCAUCUUGGGACACGCUCGAGGCGACUCUGAAUAGGAGGCUGUGUAAUUACGGAAACGCCCUGUCAGGAUCCUUGGAAACAGACGAAAGUAUUGGAAGGAACUGCGUAGAGACGUCGCGUCGCGAGAAUGAUUCCAGACCGGAGCCUCGGCUCCUCUAG